AGAGAGAGAAGGUUUUCACCGAUUUCGUCUCAUUGUCUUUGCGUGGGAAGAAAACGAAGAAGAAAAACAGUUCGGUGAAAAUACAAAAAGCUGAAAGAAAUGAUUAAAGAAAGAAAAGUAUUGAAGGUGCUUCUGGAAUUUGGAUGAUUGCCAACAACUAAUCCAAUGUGAUAGCCACACCGAGGUUGGUUGUCACAUCUGAUCAGUUAUGAGAAAUUCCGGUGAGGAAGUCAGAGAUAAUAUUAUGGCAGGAAGAGCACAAGAUGUUAGGAUGGGCCGCCAACAGGGAGCGAGUGAGAGUGCAAUGACAGAAGAGUGGUGAUGGAGAAGAUCCUUCUUCUUUCAUUAACUACCCAACAGAAAUUCUGGGCUAGGAAACAGAACCCAACUGAAAUAUCCUUUCUUAAGAGAGGAAAAAGAUCGCCAUUGAAACUACACGGUCCUUCAUUCUAGGCACACAUCGAGGUUUCAUCAUUUCUCCUCAGUCUGCUGCUGUCAUCUGUGUCUGCUCGCAGGUAAUCAGCAAGAAAAGCAGGGAGUAACUCUGUUCUGUUGCAGGCACCCGAAGGCUAUAUAAUGCCUGAUCUGAAGCUCCAUGUCAUCCAAGCAAAGAGAGGCACCAUCUCAAGCAUCAGCCUUUUCUGUCACUUUCUCCAGUGUUGCAGUUAGAAGAACGUCCUGUUGGUCAUGUCCUCUGGUGGCUUCUAGGUUAAACAGGUUUUUGAGCCACAAAAUCCAGAUUUCCUGACAAAGUAUGCGACAUCCAACUUCUUGAAGUGAGCUGUUACUUCUUUGAAGGCCUGGUUCUGGCUUUUGGGUAAGCCAACAUCACAUAUUGGUAGCAGUUCAUUAGUUUCUCCACUUGCUACUUCAAAUAAAGAAAAGCCACAUUUGGUGGGAUUUGGUGAAUCACCAUUUCUUCUUCCAUUUUUGUUUAUUGAGCUUGUCUUUCGGGAUCCAAGGGUUUGGGCAUGGAGAGAAUGCAGUCUGCGGUUGCUCUUUUCAUUGGAUUCCUAGCCUUCCACAUGGGAGGUCAUGUUGCUGCUCAAGCUGGUUUUGUUGGAACCAGUGGGAGCCAUUUUGUUCUGAAUGGGAAUCCAAUUUAUGUGAAUGGUUUCAAUGCCUACUGGUUAAUGUACAUGGCUUCUGAUCCUUCACAGAGAGACAAAGUGAGCUCUGUUUUCAAACAGGCUUCUAGCUACGGUUUAACUGUGGCUCGUACUUGGGCUUUUAGUGAUGGUGGCUAUAGAGCAUUGCAGUAUUCACCUGGCUCCUAUAAUGAGGAAAUGUUCAAGGGGCUAGACUUUGUUGUCUCUGAAGCCAAAAAAUAUGGGAUCUACCUCAUACUGAGCCUAGCCAAUAACUACGAAAAUUAUGGUGGAAGGCAUCAAUAUGUGCAAUGGGCAAGAGAUCAGGGACAGUAUUUGAGCUCCGAUGAUGAUUUCUACACAAACCCAGUUGUCAAAGGCUACUAUAAGAACCAUAUCAAAGCUAUUCUUACCCGAGUGAAUUCAUUCACUGGCAUAGCAUAUAAGGACGAUCCCACCAUUUUUUCAUGGGAGCUCAUAAAUGAGCCUCGAUGCCAGAGUGACCUCUCUGGCAGGACACUUCAGGGUUGGAUCGAAGAAAUGGCUGAUUACUUGAAGUCCAUAGACAGUAAACAUCUACUAGAAGUGGGCCUAGAAGGUUUCUAUGGCGAAUCAACACCUUCAAGGAAGCAGUAUAAUCCAGGUUAUGGAGUUGGAACCGACUUCAUCACUAACAAUCAAGUAGCAGGGAUUGAUUUUGCUACCAUCCAUGCAUAUCCAGAUCAAUGGCUUUCUGGGAGUUCAAGUGAACAAGAUCAGCUCAAUUUCUUAUACAACUGGGUGCAGUCACACAUUGACGACUCAAACUAUGAACUUAGAAAGCCACUUCUCUUUACAGAAUUUGGUAAGUCUUCAAAGGACUCAGGCUUCACGCAGACAGAGAGGGAGAACCUCUAUCAAAGUGUCUACAACAGUAUUUAUACCUCUGCAAGAAGUGGUGGUGCUGGAGGUGGUGCACUGUUCUGGCAAAUGUUGGCUGAAGGCAUGGAUGACCUUAGAGAUGGAUAUGAAAUCAUAGUGAAUGAAGACCCAACUACUGCAAAUUUGAUUGCAGAGCAAUCGCACAAACUAUCGGGACUUAACCGUAUGUUUGCAAGGAUGACGGCUAAUAGAAAAAUGAAGGGCCUUGUUCAUUAAAAAGGAGGAUCUUCAGCACCAAUAUAACCCUUAGUUUCUUAAAUAGUUUCUGUUUUGUGGGGAUUGUUGACGCUCUGCUUUGUGUAACAACUGCAGAGCUCAAGAUGUUAACGAAGAAAUUGUAAUAGGUAUAUCUGGUUACUUCUAAUAAAAGAAACUUCAUACAAA